AUGGAUUCUUAUCCCCCAUUCACGGAAUUCCCCCACAUUCUCCCCAUCUCGGGCGUUUCCUCCCAGCAGUACGACGCCUAUGAUCAUUCUCUCCCAUCCGACCAUGCCUUUGUAACGCGGGCCUCGCAGUUCCAAUUCCACUUGACUUCUCCAUUUGACCAGACCAAGGCCCGCGAUGCAUCAUCAGUUACGCAACCUUGGUGGAAGGAUGACGACCCCUCAAUCAGCAUGAACUAUAUCGCCCCGGAAUUCCCAGUCUCUGCGGAUCGGUUCUCCCCAUGGAACAGUGAAAUCUCUACGAUUUCAGACCCUCAAAGUCCGCGGAGUAGUAAUGGGGGAAGCCUACCGGGUAUGAAUUGCAUCGCAUCCUCCCAUUACUAUCACGACGACCUUCCCAUGACCACUACCAACGAGCAAGCUGGCUAUCCUGCUCCCGACAGUCUCGUCAACAUCGACACGACAACUUUUCUCUCCAAACCUGGUGUCUUCGAAGUUCAGCCCGACCAUCGCUCAUCAUUUGAAACCGACUUGGAUCCGUGGUCCGGCAGCCAGUCAGACCGCAAUGGGACGCCUGAACAGCAGUGGCCGUCUCCACUUCCAAUCGAGACCAUGUCAUUGCCUCAACCUCAAAGGCGGGCUAAACCCCGUCCAGCCCCCAAAUCUCGCGUGCGCAAAACAAAUGAAAUUCGGUCAACGUCAACAACAAUUCGCACCGGACGCCGCCGUGCUGCUACGUCUUCGCGCCAUAUGGGUGCCAUAGCACAUUCGUUUCCAAAAAACGAAUGGAAACGACAUGUUACCUCCCAGCACCUCAAACUAGGCUUCUAUCGUUGCGACGUGGGAAAAUGCAGCAUUCACAGCCACGCCUCUACAUCCAACGCGUUUCUCCCAGCCUCCAAAUCGCCCCGAUCCCGCACUUGCAGUCCACCCCCGGGCCAACCUAAUGACUUCAACCGCAAAGAUCUCUUCACCCAGCACCAGCGGCGCAUGCACGCGCCAUGGCUGCAAGCAGGCCAGCGCCGCAUCCCGACAGACGCCGAGCAUACCGAAUUCGAGGCCGGCCUCGAAGAAGUUCGGCAACGCUGUUGGCACGGUCUACGCACGCUGCCGCAGAGGAGCCAUUGUGGGUUUUGCAAAGAGAUCUUUUCCGGGGAAGGGAGCUGGGAUGCACGGAUGGAGCAUGUGGGACGGCACUUUGAGCGCGAGGAGCGACAGGCGCUGGGGCAUGAGGAGGAGGAUCUGGCAUUACGGGCGUGGGGACUUCGUGAGGGCAUUCUAACUAUUGUGGGCGAGGGACGUUGCCGGUUAGCAUCUUUGGUGGAGAACGAAUUAUAG